GUCGUUCUCGUCAGUCACACCUGCCCUCGGGUGUAGACUCCGCUCCCGCAGCUGAAAGGCACAGCUUUCAAUGUGGUUUAGGAAAAUUCGUGUUUGAAUGUAGCUAAUAGCUGCUGUGGUCAGUUUUUCAGUCUGACAACACGUGCAGCCAAGAACAGCUCAGAAGAACUGUUGGGUAGUGGUUAAGUGGUGAUGCACAGGAAGUUACUGCAUGCCUCUUGCAGGUCCCUGGGCUUCCAACCCACCUUUGGGGUGUAGGUUGUGAAGUGAUUGAACUGAAGCAGAAAUUUGGAUGAGGCAGGGAAACUGUGAGGGAGAUAAACAGUAGCAUCUGAUUCUGUGAAUCAUCUCCACUAAGUUUUUGUGAACUGAACACACGUUAUAGGAUGUGCUGGACUGGGUAUUUGGCCUGUGUCAUGUAGCAGACUGUAGUUUUCCCGUGUGGGGUUUGCUGAAGGUUAUGAACGUGCCUUAGUGAUGGCAUUGACUCUGCUACUCCAGGCAGCCCUGCUUAGCAGGAAACAAAGCUGUGACAUGGCCUCAGAGCAAACUUUACAUGCUUUAGUUGAACUGCAGUCACAGCAGAAAAUGUGCAGGAAAACCCACAGCUUGAAGGAAGGGAAUCUGCUUUGAUGCAUUAAGAUGGGAAGUUAAUGAUGUGCAGCGGUUUCUUCAUGCUUUGCUUUAAGGGAAUGUGUGUAUUAUCUCAAUAAGUAUUGUACUUAUUUAUUAAUACUGUAUUUGUGUAAUUGCAACUCUUCCUUUUUUCCACAAAAGCAGCUGGAAGCCAUUUGUGUCCAAGUUCAGCCAGGACAGAUGAAGGAAACUGAAGGGCCAAUGACAUCAUUGGCACCAAUCCAGUCCAAAACUAUAACGCUGAGUCAGCCAGUUGGUAGGAAAUCCAGCAUACCAGGAGUUGGCAUUAUUAAUCCCCAGAUAAUUAGGAUACAGCCUGUUUCAGGAACUGAGCAGCAGCAGCUACUCCUGCAUAGUUCUUCUGAGUCUCCAGUUCAGCUGCUUAUGCAGAGGCCUUUCCCAUCUCACGGGGCAGUGUCUGGGGACAAGAUUCCCCCAUCCAAGAUGGUGAAUGGACAGAGGGCUUCUUGUGCCACAGCAUCAGCUUCAAGGUCUCCAAAACCUACCAUGGCUGCAGCCAGUUCAGCAAGUCCACCAAACCUUGAAAAAAAGCAAAAGGAUGACAAGUUAAAGAAAUCCUUGAAGGUGAAAACUCGUUCUGGACGGAUUUCACGCCCCCCCAAAUACAAAGCUAAAGAUUAUAAAUUCAUUAAAAUGGAGGAUUUGGCUGAUGGUCAUCAGUCUGAUUCUGAUGACUACUCUGAGCUGAGUAUAGAAGAUGAUGAAGAAGGAAAGGUGAAGGGAAAGGAUGCAUUAUUCAGUUCUUCAAAUUAUAAUCUGAAACCCAAGACAUUUAAAUGUCAGACUUGUGAAAAAUCUUACAUAGGAAAAGGAGGAUUAGCAAGACAUUAUAAACUUAACCCAGACCAUGGGCAGCUAGAGCCUUCACCUCAGAAAAUACCUCUAGAUAAGCCUAAUGGAAGUAUAUUUGUGGAAGAGGAAAUGAUGAGUCCAGCACAUUUGGAUUCAAUUGCUGUCACUUUAAGUCAUGAAAAAGCACUAGCUACCAGUCUGGAAGAAACUGUUGAUUCAAAGGCUGGAGAACAGGCUUCAGAGUGUGAGGAAAGCAGCCACUUGCUGGCAGAACAACCAAAUGAAAGCAGUUCAGGACGCCGGGGACCUGUGACCCCACAAGGACCUGGAAGACCCCGACGACCAAAGCGACGUGGUCGGCCCAGGCUGGGUGGAAGGUCCAGGUGCUCUGGAAGGCUUAGCAGACCUGGUCAGUCCCCUUCAAAGUCACUUAGUAGUGUGUCAGCAGAACACAAUGUAUUCAGAAGAAAAGCUAGGUUAAAAGAGCUAAUACAACAAUGUGAUAAUGAAGAUUUAAUGGAGCUGGCUCUCCCACGUCUUACAAAGCUUGUUACAGUGUAUGAAUUCCUCUUGAUGAAGGUGGAAAAAGGACAUCCAGCCAAAGCUUACUUUCCAGAUGUGUACAGGGAGUUUGAAGAUUUGCAUAACAUGGUAAAGAAAAUGGCUUAUGAUCACCUCAGUAAUUCUGAUUCUGUGAAUUGCCAACAGCCUGUUGAAAUAAAAGAUGCUAAGGUUGCUGAAUCUCUAGGAAUCACAGAAAUACUCACUGGAGAACAGAAGAUGCAAGGUGCAGACCCUUAUUCACAAUGUGUAAUUAAAAUUGUCAGUGAGCAAGUGCCUGUGGAUGUACUGGGACAAAAACGGUCAGCUGAGAGCUCAGGGGAAGAACUGUUGCCACCAGCCAAAAGGACCAAGUUAGAAGAUGUAACAGAAAAUGUGAACAAUGCUUAUGCCACUCAAGAUGAAGUGAAAGAAGGGAGUUUGUGUACACUGUUUGGAAAAGAUGGUUUUAAUCCAUUAAAUGGAGAAAUCCUGCUUUCAGAAGACAGGCAUAUCACCUGCUGUACAACUGGCAGUACGUUACAGACAGCAGAGGAACAUCACUCACUUGCUGACUCAGGAGCUGGAAUCGAUGGUGCAAAUUCAGGUACCUUCUCCCAGAGUGUGGGAAUGAGGAUGGAGUAUCCCCAGGCUGCAGGGCUGCAGGGAGCAGGCCUGGCAGGUGAAGGAUCCCUGCUGCACCCCGGGGCGGUGCUGCCUGUGGGAGCAGGAGGCUCGGCCGGGCCGCUCCAGGCGCGCUUUGGGAGCGGGAGCAGGGCAGGGGCAGCGGCAGCUCCUGAGCUCCACAGCUCCCUGAUGGAGCAGCCAGGGGCCAGGCAGAGCACUGGCCUAACAACGAGUGCAGAAAAUGGUCACACUCCAAAAUACCAAGAAGAAAACCCGAAUUUUGCAAUUAAAGAACAUUCUGAGCAGCUCCAUAAUGCUGAUGUGACUGAUGAGAUACAGGAACUUGAGAAGGUGUUUUCAACAAAUGUUGUGCCAAUAAACUACCCCCAGAGUGCUCAGGCUGAGUCACAGCAGAACCCUGGCCAGGGAGCCUCCCUGUCUGCUCAAGGGAACCAGGAAAACGCUUUCAAACACCACAGUGAAUAUUCUUGUGGGACAGAGGAAGCACAGGAGCUGGCAAAUACAGUUACUGUAGAUGAAACUGUAGCUUUUGAGAUUUCUGAUGAGAGCCAUGAUUUUUUGUCUCAGGGACACGAACAGAUUUUUAUUCAGACUUCAGAUGGGCUUAUCUUGUCUCAUCCAGACACUGCUGUUUUGUCUCAGGCAGAAGGCAUCGUCAUUGUCACUGAUUCCAAUGGUACUACAAUGCACAUCCGCACACCCCAAGGGAUACCUUUGGAAACAGUGGAAGCACUACUGGCAAUGGAAGCAGGUGGCCAAAGUGAAGAUAUUUUGCUCUCUCAAAGUGAAUUGGAGCCAUAAAUUAGAAAACCCUAUAAGCUUUCUUCUGGAAAAGACUGAUUAUAAAAUGUAUAUUUUUCUAAUGUGAAUACUGAGAUAAUUGAAAUUUAACUUAUUUGUAAACUGUUUCUAUGCCCUGUACUUUUUAUAACUUAUGUUUAUAUAAAUUUAGCAGCAUUGCAACCAAAAAUUCUAGAAUUAACAUUGUUCUAUUUGCUUUAUAUGUUGGGGAUGGGUGGAAAGUGGAAAUCUUGUCAACCCUAAAACUUGCACUGUUCCCUUUUGUUAGGUAAUUCCUUUUCUCUCUAGCCAUCUCAAAGUGCAGUAAGUUGUACUGCUGUGCAGCAGUGAUGUGCUGUGUCCUGGCAAGCUGUAUAUGGGUAAAAUAAAAGCUAUAUUAAAAAUGUGCA